CUCUGUUAGUUCAGAGGAGAGAGCAAGGUGCUCACUGUUGAUUCAGCACUGGGAGAAGGAAGAGGCAGAAAUGGCUGCAACUACUGCUCAGCCUAUGGGGAGCCUCCCCAGUGGACUGGGAAUAUGCACCACAGCACCGGAUAUAUUUUACAUACCUGAACUGGUAUUUGGUGGUUUGGUAUGGAUUCUGGUGGCAUCGACACACGUGUACCCACCAAACCCUUUGGGGUGGGUGAUGUUUGUCUCUGUUUUCUGCUUUGUCAUGACCUUCCUCUGGAUGAUCAUCUUUGUUGCUGGAGGUCAUAAAAACAGUUCCGGCUGGGCUGCUGCUGACGUUGCUUACCAUGGCCUGGCAGCACUCUUUUUUCUGAGUGCAGGGGUGGAUUUGGCUUACAUCACUUUUGUCAAUAAACUAAUUGACUUUAAAACCUACCAGCUUGACAUUUCUGCUGUGGUGUUUGCCUUCGCAGCCACACUCCUGUACUUCAUCCAUGCCAUUCUCUCAGCCAUCCGAUGGAAACAUUUCUGAAGAACCAAUCAGAGACCUGCAAAAAGUAGUACACUGCAUCUGCUUUGUAUCUGUUUGUCCACGUGUGCCUAUGUGUGUCUUUGUGUGUUGGAUAAUGCAUGUAAGUCACACCAGAUCGAUCAGUUUCAGCAGUCUUGACUGUAUGUGAAAGCAUGACUUUCCUCCUUUGCAAUAUUAUCAAAGUACUUUAAAACACACAGACACACACAGUGCAUAACUGGAGUCCUAGUGAAUGUUUUUAAUCCCCAUUUUGUUUUUAGACAUAACACAAUACAUUGUGAAACUGGUUAUGAAUUUUUGAAGGGGAACCAUGUAUUUUAAAGCAUACAGGAAAAAAGUAAACAAAUCAAGAGUCAUAUCCUAUAAACAUCAUACCAUGUGUAUUGAGACAAAUAAUGUAAUCAACUAGAUAGAAAUCAAAAUUUAAAAUUUUUUUUUUAAAUCCACAAAUAUCAGAAUAAUAUAUUAUCUUACUCUGUAUGUUUUUGAGCCAGUGAUCAUAUCUUCAUGAAAGAAUGGGUCAUUUUUUAAAUCUGUUUAGAGAAUAUGGUGUAGAUGCUGUUAUGGCAGAAUGAGGUUUAUCACAAACAUACAAAGCUGGUAGCAUUAAAUGCAUUCUGCAUUCUCCAUUUUAUUAUCUGUAUUGAAACAUUAGGAAUAUUUUACUUGAAGAAAAUCAAAUACAUGCAAGUAAAUUGAAAAAAAAAAAAAAAUCAAAAAUCAAACCAGCAAACGACAAUAUAAGAGAAGGUAAUGAACAGAGUUAAUGUUG